AUGACACCGCCAUCUCCCCUCGACAGCCGGGUGUCACCAACCUCGCAGGACUACAUGGUAUCGGUGCUGGUGGUAUUGCUCAAUCAGCAUUGGUGGGGUCAUACUGGUAGUUGUUUCAAGACAUCCAGGGCUACAUCAAGUGAUUCUGAGUGUCGAUAUUUGUAUCCUCGAGAGCGAGUCGAAGAAACAUCAUUUGCCGCAUCCGGUGUGCAGCUUUCGAGAAAAGUUGCGCAGGAAUAUAUUAACGGUUUCAACUAUGCACUCAUGGCAACAUUCAAAUGCAACCAUGAUAUCCAGAUAUUACUCGGAGGAACAGAGGCUGUCGAUCGCAUUUACUAUGCAUGCAAAUACGUAACAAAACAGCAACGACGGCUGGAUUCAAUCAUCCCAAUCGCGAUAGCGGCUUUGAAAAGACGCCAAGAAAGAGAGUUAACAAGUGUGAAUGAGCAAGGCAAAGACGGAAUCGCACGCAGCCGAAAGCGAGUUACAUCAAUGGUGUACAACACUACCAAUAGACAAGAGGUGGCAGGUCCUCUAGCAGCCUUGUACUUAUACAGGGAGUCGUGCUGUUACGCCAGUGCUAAUUGCUCGAACGUACCGCUAGCUGAUAUGAUCCGGCAACUCUGUUCUGAGGGAGACUACCAGUGCCAAAUUGUAGUAGAACCAAAUGGAUGUGGAAGAGCAAAUACCAGUGCAGCGGCCGUGAGUGCUCUAGAUGACUACAUUUUCCGGUCGGGGGUACUCGAAGACGUUUGCGUUUAUGAGUUCGCUCAGAAGUACUAUCGCAAACGGUCGGAUACGCCUCACCUGUCUCGCUAUCCGUUUAAAAAUGGACAUCCACUCCUUCGUACGCACACAGUAGCUGUUCGAAAAAUGGAGUCAGUCCCCGUCAUUCUCGGCUAUCAAAUUCUCAGUAUCACAACCGGAGUAUCCGCCGCUGAUAUACUGAAACGUGCUAUUGGAUCUUUGCGACAACGACACCACUUUGGGUAUCCCAACGAUGCCGAGGAAACCGGCUCAUCAACAUCAAGCGAUGAUUCUGAAGACGGAUGGCAAGUAAUGGACGAUACUGACAGUUACGACGACAUUGAAACCAGCUCAAACCCUGACGUACUGUCUGAUACCCAGUACUUAGAAGAGAGUGCAAGGGAGAGCAGCGCUAUUCUCGAUUCUAGUGACUUGAACCCUUUGCUUUGCCCAACCUGCUCAGUUGGCACUGCCGCUACCGACCGAAUAAUUACUACAUUUUCUGAAUGCGGAAUGUUAGAACCAAUAGCCGCCCAUACUGCAACUGUGGCUGCACAUCAAGAGUACCACGCUGAUUUCCCUGCAUUGGCAUCUAUGAAAAAGUGGAGGUUGUCCAAAUCUCUGAAAGUAUAUCCCGCGACACAGAGGUAG